UGGCUCUCACCUGUAAGAGGAGCCGCCCAGGUGACCGGGAGCCGAGAGCCCGCAGCAGCGGAGAAAGAGGAGGGGCCCCGGGCGGAGACGGAUCAGAGACCCCGGAGGAGACUCGUCCGCACACCACAAUGGGCAGCAAGGAGAGGUACCACUGGCAGACCCAGAAUGUUCGGCAGAGCGGUGUGGACGACAUGGUUCUUCUAUCCAAGAUCACGGAGGAGGCCAUUGUCGACAACCUGAAGAAACGCUACAUGGACGACUUUAUAUUCACAUACAUUGGUCCAGUGUUGAUCUCUGUUAACCCUUUUAAGCAGCUGCCGUAUUUUACAGAUAAGGAGAUAGAGAUGUACCAGGGAGCGGCUCAGUAUGAGAACCCCCCGCACAUCUACGCCCUGGCUGACACAAUGUACCGGAACAUGCUGAUAGACGGAGAGAACCAGUGCGUGAUCAUCAGCGGGGAGAGCGGAGCCGGGAAAACGGUGGCAGCCAAGUACAUCAUGGCCUACGUGUCCAAGGUGUCGGGCGGAGGGCCCAAGGUUCAGCACGUGAAGGACAUUAUCCUCAAGUCCAACCCAUUGCUGGAAGCGUUCGGGAACGCGAAGACCGUGAGGAACAACAACUCCAGCAGAUUCGGUAAAUACUUUGAGAUUCAGUUCAGUCGGGGAGGGGAGCCGGACGGGGGUCGGAUAUCUAAUUUCCUACUGGAGAAGUCUCGUGUGGUCAGUCAGAAUUCAGGAGAGAGGAACUUCCACAUCUUCUACCAGCUAAUGGAAGGGGCAAGUUCUGAGGAUCGGGAGAACCUUGGGAUCACCUCCCCCGAUUAUUACUUCUAUCUCAACCAGUCCGCCGUCUACAACGUGGAGGAUGUCAGCGACAAGAAGGAGUUCACGGAAACCAUGGCGGCAAUGGACGUGGUUGGACUCACCCAUGAGGACCAGGCUUGUGUUCUGCAGAUCGUGGUCGGGAUCCUGCACCUGGGGAACAUCACUUUCCGGGAGAGCGGCAACUACGCCAUGGUGGAGAGCGAGGACUUCCUGGCAUUCCCAGCCUAUCUUCUUGGCAUCGACCAGUCUCGGUUAAUGGAGAAGUUGACCAGCCGCAAAAUGGACAGUAAAUGGGGAGGAAAAUCCGAGGUGAUCGACGUGACGCUGAACGUGGAGCAGGCGUGUUUCACACGUGACGCGCUCUCCAAGGCUCUGUACACCCGACUCUUCGAUUACCUGGUGGAGGCUGUCAAUAAAGCCAUGCGGAAGGACACUGAAGAAUAUAAUAUUGGGGUUCUAGACAUUUAUGGAUUUGAGAUAUUUCAGAAAAACGGCUUUGAACAGUUUUGCAUAAAUUUUGUGAACGAGAAGCUUCAGCAGAUCUUCAUUGAGCUGACCCUAAAGGCGGAGCAGGAGGAGUAUGUGCAGGAGGGGAUCCAUUGGAAUCCUAUCGAGUACUUUAACAACAAGAUUGUGUGUGACCUGAUUGAGAAUAAAUUGAGUCCUCCGGGAAUUAUGAGCGUCUUGGACGAUGUCUGUGCCACGAUGCACGCAAAGGGCGAAGGCGCCGACCAGACACUACUGCAGAAGCUCCAGGCGGCCAUUGGCAGCCACGAGCACUUCAACAGCUGGAAUAAAGGAUUUAUCAUCCACCACUACGCCGGGAAGGUCUCGUACACAGCUGAGGGAUUCUGCGAGCGGAACAGGGAUGUUUUAUUCACCGACCUUAUAGAACUUAUGCAGAGCAGUGAGAUACCAUUUAUCAGAGCUCGCUUUCCGGAGAAUCUCAACGCAGAUAAGAAAGGACGUCCGAGCACAGCCAGCAGCAAGAUCAAGAAACAAGCCAAUGAUCUGGUGCAGACGCUGAUGAAGUGCACCCCCCACUACAUCCGCUGCAUCAAGCCCAACGAGACUAAGAAACCGCGCGACUGGGAGGACAGCAGAGUGAAGCAUCAGGUAGAAUAUCUGGGUCUUCGAGAGAACAUACGUGUGCGACGCGCAGGGUAUGCGUACCGUAGAGUCUUCCAGAAGUUUCUUAACCGGUACGCCAUACUGACACGGGAGACGUGGCCGGAAUGGAGAGGAGACGAGAAGAAGGGAGUCCUCCACCUGCUGCAGGCAGUGAACAUGGACGCUGACCAGUACCAGCUGGGCAAAACCAAGGUGUUCAUCAAAGCCCCAGAAUCUCUCUUCUUGUUGGAAGAAAUGAGGGAGAGGAAAUACGACGGCUUCGCACGCGUUAUUCAGAAAGCCUGGCGUAAGCACACAGCAGUGCGCAAGUACAUCCGCAUGAGAGAGGAAGCAUCCACCAUUGUCCUGAACAAGAAGGAAAGACGGAGGAACAGCAUCAACAGGAACUUUGUGGGGGACUACAUUGGCAUGGACGGCCGGCCAGAGUUGCGCCAGUUUGUCGGACGCAGAGAACGGAUUGAUUUUGCUGACACAGUGGUGAAGUACGAUCGACGUUUCAAGACGCUGAAAAGAGACCUGGUGUUGACUCCCAAAUUCCUGUAUCUGAUUGGCCGAGAAAAAGUGAAGCAAGGACUGGAGAAGGGCCAGAUAAAGGAGGUUCUGAAGAGGAAGAUAGAGCUGAAGGAUAUCCAGUCGGUAUCGUUAAGUUCGCUGCAGGAUGACUUCCUCAUCAUCCACGAGGUGCAGUAUGACAGCGUCCUGGAGAGCGUCUUCAAGACAGAGCUUCUCAGCCUUCUCUACAAGCGAUAUGAGGAGAGGAUGCAGAAGAAGCUGCUGCCGAGGUUCAGCAACCAGCUGGAGUUUAAGGUGAAGAAAGAGGGGUGGACACCCUGGGGGGCUGCAGGGUCUCGACAGAUCCAGUUCCAGAAAGGAUUGGGUGAUGUGGCAUCCCUCAAGGUCUCUGGAAAGGCAUUGGCGGUUAGCAUCGGACCCGGGUUACCCUCAGAUUCUAGACCCACCCGGAAGGAUAACCGAAAAAGCCGGUACCUUGGUGGUCAGAGUGGUGCCGUGGGCCGUGGAGCACCAAGAGCCAAUGGAGGCAGCAGGAACCCCCAACUCCGGCUGACACAAAGGAUGUCCUUCACGUCUAGACAGAGCAGCGUGGAGCAGCCAAGCUUACCAAGACAGGGGGCCAGUCCUAUGGCCAAAGCACCACCUGCCAAAAUAGACCUGGGCUUCAUGAACGUCCCUGAUCAGGGAGUGGCAGGAGUCCUCAGGAGACGUUCCAAGGAAGUGAAACCUGUCCCCGGAGGAGGGAGAGCAAAGCCAACACCUAAACCCAAGCCCCAGCCUCAGCUCCCUCGCUGCCGCGCGCUUUAUGCCUACGAUGCCCAGGACACAGAUGAGCUCAGCUUCAAUGCAGAGGACGUCCUGGAGAUUGUCCGAGAAGACCCGUCCGGCUGGUGGCAGGGCAGGAUACGAGGCCGGGAAGGUCUGUUUCCAGGGAAUUAUGUGGAGAAGAUCUGACCUCUGUGGCCGUCUGGUGCUCGGCUUCUGGACUUGUACACUGCAUCAACCGAACAGAGUUUUUUUAUUAAUACAGACGGCCGGGGGUCUCCUGGGUCCAUACAGGGGCCGGCCGCACUUUUAUCGCUCAUGUUUUUAUAUUUGUGCUGAGAAAAUUCUCCUAUUUAUGGAACUGUCAAUAAAUCUUCCCUCAGCAGUGGCACGCGUCCCACUGGUUUCUCUCCCGCUCGGUGGUCCUGUUCAUACACAUUCCACCGUAUUCCACUGUAUCACCGCACAUCUGAAGAGCGCCCCA